GGUGUCUGCAAAACGUACGUGGCUAGCCUGAUGAAAGAUCAAGGAAGAGCUCUAGCCUAGUGCAUUCGAGCUGUUUCUGGAAACUCACCAUUUCUUCGACAGGAUUGUCCAUCUUGUUGAAGAUGAAAACCGGCUCUGCAGUAACACUCGUAACUACCAGGUCAAUCAGGAACAACGAAACCAGUUCCAUAGGCGGGUUCAGGAUACUUUCAGGAGAACGUACUCAAGAGAAGACAAAGAAUCUCGAGCUUUUUCUUGCAUCAUAGUUAGUUCGUGUGUGGGAGCCUGCAAGAAUUUCUCACGCGUUCCACCGACGCAGUCCUCAACGUGUCACCGUUCACGGCCAUUCUAUGUUUCGGCUAGUCGAUCGACCUCUCAGUUUCAGGCAGCGCGCCAGCGAGUGGAUAUAUAAGAUGUUAUUCCUCUGGUCGAAGGAACCGGCGGCAGAUCCUAGGACCAGUCCGUGGUUCGCUUGGUUCGCUACCGCGGUAAUACUCUGGCGUUGCAGAAGACGAAUUACAAAAGCUAUUUUGGCAGUAUCACCGUUUAGACUGUUAAAAAGACGGAUGUUGGUUGCGUUACUGAAAGGAAAAACUUCGUCAGUGGUAAUGAAGCCAAUGAGGACAACAACGAUGACGAAUAUGGCGACGGCAACGACGACAGCGACGGCGACAACGAUGACGACAACCAAAAUGAAACAGCAACAGUUGCAAUUAAAACAGCAACACGGUAUUUUGUUAGGUCAUUAUUGUAAUCGACAGCUACAACAACUACAAGAACACAAUUGCAAGACUACAACCGGUAUCAAGACUCGGGUAAAACGAUUGUGUACAGGCGAUGGUCCACACGUCUCGCCAUCCUCGUCCUCGACCCAAACGAAUCAUCAGAUCAAUUAUAGAGUAACCAGAAGCGGCAGAAUUUAUGGGAAAUAUCAUAAUAGAAUUGUUUCGACGGAACUUCGAUGAUCAGAACGAUCAUUGAUCAUUUUCUUGUUCGUUCGUUUACUUUCUUCCUCAUCGUAGUUUCUCCUUAACGUGCUAAUCGUCAACAUAUAUGUGUACAUAUAAAGCGUAUCACUAUUCUCUUAAGCUUGUGUAAUCCUUUGUUUGAAACUAUAAGAAUUUCUAAACACCGAUUAUGAAUAUAA